GCCAUGUGCCGACUCCACCGCGCUCGCGCCACCCUCGCCACCCUACCAACCACCCUCCUCCUCCCCUCCACACUUAUUUCCUCUCUAUAUAUAAAACUCAAACUCCACUCUUUGUUCUCACUUCCUCUGUUUUUUCCUCUGUUAAUUUUUCACUCAGAACCCAAAAAGCUAAAAAGAAGAAAGAAACAGAGAACAUGGCUGGCUCAACAACCAAUCCUCCGCUGAAAGAUGAGCUGGAUAUCGUGAUACCCACAAUUAGGAACCUGGAUUUCUUGGAGAUGUGGAGGCCAUUUUUCCAGCCUUACCAUCUGAUCAUCGUUCAGGACGGUGAUCCUUCGAGGACAAUCAAGGUUCCAGAUGGUUUUGAUUAUGAUCUCUACAACCGGAAUGACAUCAACAAGCUGUUGGGUCCCAGGGCUAGUUGCAUCUCUUUCAAGGACUCUGCUUGUCGUUGCUUUGGUUAUAUGGUCUCCAAGAAGAAGUACAUCUUCACCAUUGACGAUGAUUGCUUCGUUGCCAAGGACCCUUCAGGCAAUGAUAUCAAUGCUCUGCAACAGCACAUUCAGAAUCUUCUGUCACCAUCCACCCCUUAUUUUUUCAACACUUUGUAUGAUCCUUUCCAAGAAGGCAAUGACUUUGUCCGUGGCUAUCCUUUCAGCCUUCGUGAGGGUGUUCCUACUGCUGUUUCUCAUGGAUUGUGGCUCAAUAUCCCUGAUUAUGAUGCUCCUACACAGCUCGUGAAGCCCCUCGAAAGAAACACGAGGUAUGUCAACACUGUUAUGACAAUCCCAAAGGGAACCCUCUUUCCCAUGUGUGGCAUGAACCUUGCAUUUGAUCGUGAUCUCAUCGGACCCGCAAUGUACUUUGGACUUAUGGGCGAGGGUCAGCCAAUCGGGCGUUACGACGAUAUGUGGGCUGGCUGGUGUACCAAGGUGAUCUGUGAUCAUUUGGGACUGGGGAUCAAGACAGGGCUACCCUACAUCUGGCACAGCAAAGCAAGCAAUCCAUUUGUAAACUUGAAGAAAGAGUACAAUGGGAUCUACUGGCAAGAGGAGAUCAUUCCAUUCUUCCAGCAAGCCACACUUUCCAAAGACUGCACCACUGUUCAGAAAUGCUAUGUGGAGCUCUCAAAGCAGGUGAAGGAGAAGUUAGGGAAGAUAGAUCCUUACUUCACCAAGCUUGGAGAUGCAAUGGUCACAUGGAUUGAAGCCUGGGAUGAACUCAACCCACCUAAAGAUUCUGCAGCCAUCCCCAACGGCGCUGCUAAAUAAGCGCGGUCGCAACAUUGCCGCCCCCGCCUCCAUUAUUAUUAGCUCAAAAAAACUUUAAUACUCUUUUUGAUGUUGUAUCUUUACAAAUUUUCUUUUCGGAUUUAAGUACUCAUGUUUUUUGGGUACUAAUGAUGACUGGUUAAAAAUGUAAUGUUUUUGUUACAUUCCUCUAAACUUGUUAUUGAGGGUAGAAAAUAAACAAUUACUAGUUCAUUUUUCGGAACUUUAGCUUCCAAUAUUUUACAAACCUUCUAGUAUUUGAAUAAUCAACUCUUUCUUCUUUUCUAGCAAAUGGAUGGGGCUAAGAUUUAUUUAUUUAUUUUUUUGCAUGUGUUUACUUGACCAGAAUCCAGAAGUCUAUAACAUUGUUGCAAUUUCAGCUUUUAUGAUAAUUUGGAAUGUUAACUUUUA